GUUGCCCAGGACAAAGGAAACUGCUCUUUUCAGAAAAAUCCAACCCCAUGUGUCAUUCCUCAAGAAAAGGAGAACAUUUUCCACACAAUAUUUGCCUUUUUUACCAAAUCUGGGAGGAAAGUAUUGGUAAGAAACUAACUUCAUUUUUGACUUCUAAAGAGUCAGUUGCCAUAUUCCAGAGCCUCAUACAUGCAUGGGGUACCCACUACUCUUACAGCUAAAAGAGAGCACACUGAGUUAAUGUCCAUAACUGUCAGUAGAGAAUCCUUGUCUUUAUCCAUUGAUCUGAUCUGCUAUAUCAUUGCCCACAACCCAGAAAAGAUUUGUUACAAAAGGAAGAAGAUAGUUCACUGAUGUGUUUGCCAAGUUGACAUUCCGCUGUGUGAAAAAUGGAUGUAGAAAAACAUAAUUAUGCCCAUUUUUCAUGCAUUCUCACAUGCAGCCUUAAGUUUAGGUUCUAGCACACGGGUAGGUAAACUAAGGCCCAGGGGCCGGAUCUGGCCCAAUCGCCUUCUAAAUCCGGCCUGUGGAUGGUCCAGGAAUCAGUGUGUUUUUACAUGAGUAGAAUGUGUGCUUUUCUUUUUAAAAUGCAUCUCUGGGUUAUUUGUGGGGCAUAGGAAUUUGUUCCUAUUUUUUUCUUCCAAAUAUAGUCCGGCCCCCCACAAUGUCUGAGGGACAGUGGACUGGCCCCCUACUGAAAAAGUUUGCUGACCCCUGUUCUAACACAAUGCAUACAGCCAGUAAUUAGAGUAAUAUACUGUGAUGAAGGAAUACAUGAUCCUUGAAAGGAGGAACAGGUUUGUUCCCCCUUUGAUAAUCCACGGUUGAAAUACCCUUUAUCCAAAAUAUUUGAAAUCCAGACCUGUAUUAUUGUUGUUACUAUUUUAAGGUGCCUUUAUUCAUCUCAUUGCUGUUAACUGAGUCACAUUAGACAUGCGCAGCUUGCACAUAGUUGAGACAGAUCAUUUGAAUUAGCAAAGGGAUUCAGUCAAGUAUAGAAAUAUAGCUUAUUCUGUAGUUGCUCAAGACUGGUCCAGUUCCUAAGACAGGUUCAGUUACUGAGUAUCUCCAGCUGAUUUGCAAAUAGUCAUACUAGGAGCCAUAGAAAACAUUAAAGGUAAAGGUAAAGGGACCCCUGACCAUUAGGUCCAGUCGUGGCCGACUCUGGGGUUGCGGCGCUCUUCUCACUUUAUUGGCCGAGGGAGCCGGCGUACAGCUUCCGGGUCAUGUGACCAGCAUGACUAAGCCACUUCUGGCAAACCAGAGCAGCGCACGGAAACACUGUUUACCUUCCCGCCAGAGUGGUACCUAUUUAUCUACUUGCACUUUGACGUGCUUUCGAACUGCUGGAUUGGCAGGAGCAGGGACCGAGCAACGGGAGCUCACCCCGUUGUGGGGAUUUGAACUGCCGACCUUCUGAUUGGCAAGUCUGGGCUCUGUGGUUUAACCCACAGCGCCACCCACGUCCCUUAUAGAAAACAUUAAGAGACGACAAAAGCAUUAUGGAGAAAGGCUUAUCAAGGAAGAAGGAAAUCAGCAAUUGGUGGAACAAUUGUAGAACAUAUUCUUUUCUAUUGUCCACUGUACCACCAGCUAUGUAAACACAUGUUAUCCCCCUUCUUUGGUAGUUAUAAUCAAGGCACAAUGAAAAUAUCAGAUUCUCUCUGUCUGAUAUUAACCCAGUUUCUGUCCAUAGUAUCUCUUAGAGUGGUGAAUGGCACAGUUUAGCGGGAAGACACUCCAAUGAAAAUUUCUGUUACUAUAUAUGGCUGUUUCUUUGUAUAUAUUUCAAAAAAUUUGUAUAGGUCUAAGAUGGUCUAUAUCUGUAGUUCCUAAUAAAGGUUUGGAGAAAGAAAGGAAAUCAGCAAAUCAGGUGGAGGCCAGCUCUCCUUGGGACAUCUGAGAUUCAUCACAGACAUGGUGGGGAGUCGGCUAUUAACACUUGUCAACAACCCAGUGAGAUGGUACAAUUGACAUGUGAACAAUCUUCUCACGGGGUUCCCAUCAAAUGGAAUUAAUUAAGGAGAAACACAAUCUUGUGUAAUGCGGGUGUUCUUCUGUAGUGGAAUAGAUAGCUUCUGGGCAAGGAUAAGGUUUCCUAAAGGGACAGGAGUUAGCUCUUCUGUUACUUACAGCAUUUAGAGAGAGAGUAAUAUUGAUGGAUAUUUUUUAAGAGUAGAGAUAGUAUUUCAGUGGAUGAUGCAGCCUUAAGAGGCCAUGAACCUUAUAAUGCAGGACUUCCAUGACUGGAUCUCUUCCUGAUAUCCUUUUCUUUUUCUUAAACAAGCCACGGGAACCCCAUAAUUUGAAUUGUGGCCGUACUGCAGUAAGAAGAGCAGUUAACCGUUCCCCCUUGUGCUGAUUCCCCAGUGCCUCUAGCAAAAAAAUAAAGAUGUCAAGAAUCACAGAUCUCCCAAAUCACAUAUAUUGCAACCCUUUGCAGUACCAUCUUAUGCAUGUUUACUCAGAAGUCCCACUAUGUGCAUUGGGUUUGCUCCCAGGAAAGGGUCCAUGGGGCCAGCGUUAGUAUGAUUUAAGAUGACACACUACAACUUUUGGAUUGUAGUGCUUGGAUACCUGAGACUCAGAUGCAAGCUGACUAGUUUCUUUACUGUUUGGGAACAGGCUCUAAACUGAAUGAUAAAGCUGUUCAUUCAGCUGAUCAGCCAUCUCAGCUACUUUAUUCAGUUAAUUUAUUCUAGGUAAAGGUAAAGGUACCCCUGACCAUUAGGUCCAGGGGUUGUGCACUCAUCUCACUCUAUAGGCCGAGGGAGCCGGCGUUUGUCCGCAGACAGCUUCUGGGUCAUGUGGCCAGCAUGACAAAGCCGCUUCUGGCGAACCAGAGCAGCGCACGGAAAUGCCGUUUACCUUCCCGCCGGAGCGGUACCUAUUUAUCUACUUGCACUUUGACGCGCUUUCGAACUGCUAGGUUGGCAGGAGCAGGGACCGAGCAACGGGAGCUCACCCCAUCGCGGGGAUUCGAACCGCCGACCUUCUGAUCGGCAAGUCCUAGGCUCUGUGGUUUAACCCACAGCGCCACCCGCAUCCCUUUUUUAUUCUACAGUGCAGCAAAAGUACAGAAACAGCAGAAGCUGUCUUAUACCAAAUCAGAUUAUGGACUCGCCUAGCUCACAGUUAUCAGCACUGACUGACAAUGGCUCCCCAGUAAAAUAUACCUUUACCCACCCAGGGGUGCUGAAGAUUGAAACUUCAUUUAUUUAAAGCGUUUUUAUCCCACUCUUCAGCCAAGAAAGGAUCCUAGAUCCACAAGCAUAAGUGAUGCGGUGCUGAGCUAAAAAGUAGGCCCUUGUUUGUAUGAAUAGUUGUUGCAUUACCUGGGAUCUUUCAUGGGAAGAUCUGUACCAGAUUGUCUAUGACAGAGACAGAGAAGCCUUCCAGCCCAGCAGGCCAGAUCCUGGCCUCCCCCACCCCUGGGGGCCAGUGUGACAGCCACUUGCUCCUACAAUUCUCUAGGAUACGUUUCUAGAGAAGUUGGACAGGAGUUACAAAACCAGGGCUGAUGUUACCCAUCCAGUCAGAAAUGCCAAAGAGCAUUUUUUUUAAUUUUGCCACCUUUCCUUACUUCUCUCACAGCUUUCUACUUUUCUCCCUUAGGACUGUGAAAGACCAGGCAGGUCCUGCCUAAUUAUACGCUGCAACUUAAGCUCACUAGCUAAAGCAGAAUCCCGCAGCAUAGAUGUGCAUAUGCUGUUGAAUACUGAGAUAUUGAAAAAG